UAAUUUUUUUUUGCUGACAUGGCAGUGACCUGGACAGUUGACUAACGGUCAACGGUGUUGACCGUCCAAACAAACGGUCAAACCACGCUCCAAACCAAUUAUGUCUAUAUGCUGCAUAGUUUAGGACAGGAUGCUAAUUUCUCAAACCACGAGUCAAAGUUGAUUACAUGUCGUUGACCGUCCAAACAAACGGUCAAACCACGCUCCAAACCAAUUAUGUCUAUAUGCUGCAUAGUUUAGGACAGGAUGUUAAUUUCUCAAACCACUAGUCAAAGUUGAUUACAUGCCGUUGACCGUCCAAACAAACGGUCAAACCACGCUUCAAACCAAUUAUGUCUAUAUGCUGCAUAGUUUAAGACAGGAUGUUAAUUUCUCAAACCACGAGUCAAAGUUGAUUACAUGGUUAUAAUUCAGGCAAUAAUAAGGUAUUAAUUCUAAAGUGUAUUAUCGUGAGAAUUAACUUUAGGUGGAAAUGAAUUGACACUUCUGAUUAGUUUGUUGAUAACAUCCUUAGGAUACAGCCAAUGUGUCAAAUGUAAUAAACUAUUAAGGAUAAAUGUGGAUUGUUGUAAUUGAGAUCUCAUCCAACGAGUUGGAAUUGUUUUAUUAGAAAUUUGUGUACACAUUGAUUUGAUUUAUUUAAACGAAUAACAUGGCUUAGAUAAUUCAUCCUAAAUGGGAAAUGGAAAAGGUGGAUCAUAGCUGGCUGGCAGGAUCACUACAUAUAUAUAGAAAUUAUAAGCGCACAUUUGGUUAUUGUUAUCGUUAUCUUUACUUCAAAUGACAAUUCAUUUGACAUUGUACUUUUGCUUAUCCUUGAGUUUGUAGUUGUCACGACUUAAAUCCAAAAUCAAUCGAUGUAACGAGUGGGUGAAAUUCGAAUAGUGAAUCAAUUCUGAGACAGAAUAAAAAAUAAAAAUGAUUAUUAAAUGAAAAAAUCAAUUGGAUUACAAAAUGCAGCAAGAGGUAAGUUUGAAAUAUAGAACGACAAUAACCAUUCAAAAAAACACUCGAGACCAACGAAUCUCGUCAAGAUCUAAAUAUCGAAAUAACUAUAAAUAAUAAUACACUAUAGUUUCGAACAACACAAUUAAAAUGAUAUUAAUAUCACCAAACAUUUUGAGACUCGAUAGAAAAUAUAGCAUACUUGAACAAUUGAAUUGGAAGGGAACAUAUAAUUGUGUAGAUGGGGACGGAAAUCAAUCAUAUAUUUUUUUGUCUUAUAUUUCAUUUGUCCAAUCUAAAUUGGUUGGCCAAAUAUUUGUUGGUUAUUUAGAGGAUAUAUCCAAAGCGAUUCAAUUUGUUAAUACCUACAUUUUUAUAUGAUCAACAUUAUUUCUAUAAUGCUACAAAUACAUUAUGAGUAUAAUAACAUCUCAAAGUGAAACAAUAUUUUCACUUGGGCACCUGUGUGCAGUGGGUAUGGGCUGUGUUGCUAUCGCAAUAUGUAGGAAAGGCUGAUAGAAAAGAUUGUUGUUGGGUUCAAGGCCCAAUCAAUAUUCCGAUCUUACCGUGAUACAGGGAACACCAUAAUCUGCCCUCCCUCCUCUCUAAACGGUCUAACUCCAACUCCAAUCCUCAAACCUCUCUCGGAACUAGGAAGACCUUAAACUGUUAAACUCGCACGACAGGACUCGGAAGAACUCAGCAAGCUCCGCAAAACAACAAUAAUGGCGUCCUCGCUCAAUACUAACCUCCACCAACCUUCUCUCAGCUUCGGGACGAACCUUUACUCCGGAUUGAAGCUGCAAUCUCCAAGUGUUCAUGGAAUUGGGCGACCCAAUGUCACUGCAGAAUUCUUCGGCCGAGUCCAUAAGAGCCUCCAUUCCGGGAUUCGCAACUCUAAACCAAUUCGAGCGGUUAAAAUGAUGCCUAUAGGCGAACCAAGAGUACCCUAUAGGACACCAGGGGAGGGAACUUGGCAAUGGGUUGAUUUGUGGAAUGCCCUCUAUAGAGAACGAGUCAUCUUCAUCGGGCAGGAAAUCGAUGAAGAAUUCAGCAACCAAAUAUUGGGAACAAUGUUGUACCUUGAUAGCGUUGAUGAGUCCAGAAGGAUGUACUUUUACAUUAAUGGACCCGGUGGAGAUCUUACUCCCAGUCUAGCUAUCUAUGACACCAUGCAGAGCUUGAAGAGUCCUGUUGGUACCCACUGUGUUGGGUUUGCAUAUAAUCUGGCUGGUUUUCUUCUUGCAGCUGGUGAAAAAGGACAACGGUCUGCAAUGCCUCUUUCCAGAAUUGCACUGCAGUCUCCAGCUGGGGCAGCUCGUGGUCAGGCGGAUGACAUUCGGAAUGAGGCAGAUGAGCUUCUUAGAGUCAAGGACUAUCUUUACAAGGAAUUGGCAAAGAAAACCGGACAACCUUUCGAGAAGAUUGACAAGGACUUGAGUAGAAUGAAACGCUUUGAUUCCCAGGAGGCCCUUGACUAUGGUCUGAUUGACAAGAUUAUUCGACCACCACGAGUUGAUGAGGACACACGUCCCAAGGAUGCAACAGCUGGUCUUGGUUAGUGUAGAAUACUUAUGAUUCAUGUUUGGCUGUAGCUGUUGUCAUGACUACCGCAUGUUUAGCCAGCUCCCUUGUACCAUAGUUGUACUCUUGGGAAAAUCAGAUGCACUUUACUUGUACAAUAAGUUAUCCGAUCCCGAAGCAAGCUUGAUAAGUUUGAUUUUAGUUUAUUGAACAAUUUUUUGUUUCAGCAAGCAAGUAAUUGCAUGGCUGCUGAACUUAUGGUCAUAUUCAAUCAUUUGCUUUUGGUCUCUUUUAACAUACCUUACACCAACCUAUGGCUGGAUUCAAAUUUGGGAGACGUGUCUUUGCUUCCCUAUGCUAUUUUAACGCCAGAUUUAGAUUAACUAUUUGUAACCUUAAAUGCAAAUGAAAACAGUUCUGCAUC